UUGAAAAAGAACAUUGUUUUCAUCAUGAAUGCUGAUCAAGAUGAGAGACCGAAGUCCAGAAGCCAUGAUUUUCACAUUUUCCAUGCCUUGAUAAUUCUAAGUUUUACUAUGCUGUUUCUUCCAGUCAGUGGAAAUUCUAAGCAAAAUAUUCCACGACUCAAGUUAACUUAUAAAGAUUUGCUGCUUUCAAAUAGCUGUAUCCCCUUUUUGGGUUCAUCAGAAGGACUGGAUUUCCAAACCAUUCUUUUAGAUGAGGAGAGAGGCAGGCUACUUCUGGGAGCCAAGGACCAUAUCUUCCUGCUCAGUCUGGUUGACUUAAACAAAAAUUUUAAGAAGAUUUAUUGGCCUGCUGCAAAGGAAUGGGUGGAAUUAUGUAAAUUAGCUGGGAAAGAUGCCAAUACAGAAUGUGCAAAUUUCAUCCGAGUACUGCAACCCUAUAAUAAAACUCACAUCUAUGUGUGUGGAACUGGAGCAUUUCACCCAAUAUGUGGCUAUAUUGAUCUUGGAAUAUACAAAGAGGAAGUUAUGUUCAAAUUAGACACACACAAUUUGGAGUCUGGCAGAUUGAAAUGCCCUUUUGAUCCUCAACAGCCUUUUGCCUCAGUAAUGACAGAUGAGUAUCUCUACUCUGGAACAGCAUCUGAUUUCCUUGGCAAAGAUACUGCAUUCACUCGGUCUCUUGGGCCUACUCAUGACCACCAUUACAUCAGAACUGAUAUUUCAGAACACUACUGGCUCAAUGGAGCAAAAUUUGUUGGAACCUUCCCCAUACCAGACACCUAUAAUCCAGAUGAUGAUAAAAUAUAUUUCUUCUUUCGUGAAUCAUCUCAAGAAGGCAGCAAUUCUGAUAAGACAAUUCUUUCUCGAGUUGGAAGAGUUUGUAAGAAUGAUGUAGGAGGACAACGCAGCCUCAUCAACAAAUGGACAACUUUUCUUAAGGCCAGAUUGAUUUGCUCCAUUCCUGGAAGUGAUGGGGCCGAUACACACUUUGAUGAACUUCAAGAUAUUUACUUACUCCCUACAAGAGACGAAAGGAAUCCGGUAGUAUAUGGCAUCUUCACCACAACCAGCUCUAUCUUCAAAGGUUCUGCUGUCUGUGUAUAUAGCAUGGCUGACAUCAGAGCUGUGUUUAAUGGUCCCUAUGCUCAUAAGGAAAGUGCAGACCACCGUUGGGUGCAGUAUGAUGGAAGAAUUCCUUAUCCUCGACCUGGCACUUGUCCCAGUAAAACUUACGACCCACUAAUCAAGUCCACGCGAGAUUUUCCAGAUGAUGUCAUCAGUUUCAUAAAGCGGCAUCCAGUGAUGUAUAAAUCCGUGUACCCAGCAGCAGGAGAACCAACAUUUAAGAGAAUCAAUGUGGAAUACAGACUGACACAGAUAGUGGUGGACCAUGUGAUAGCAGAAGAUGGCCAAUAUGAUGUAAUGUUCCUUGGAACAGACAUUGGAACAGUUCUAAAAGUUGUCAGCAUUUCAAAGGAAAAGUGGAAAAUGGAGGAAGUGGUACUGGAAGAGUUACAAGUAUUCAAGCACUCAUCAAUCAUCUUGAACAUGGAGCUGUCUCUUAAACAGCAACAAUUGUACAUUGGUUCCCAAGAUGGAUUUGUUCAGCUCUCCUUGCACAGAUGUGACACUUAUGGGAAAGCCUGUGCAGACUGUUGUCUUGCCAGAGAUCCCUACUGUGCUUGGGAUGGAAAUGCCUGUUCUCGAUAUACACCAACUUCAAAAAGGAGAGCUAGACGCCAAGAUGUAAAGUAUGGAGAUCCAAUUACGCAAUGUUGGGACAUAGAAGACAGCAUUAGUCAUGAGACUGCUGAUGAAAAGGUGAUUUUUGGCAUUGAAUUUAAUUCGACCUUUCUGGAAUGUAUACCUAAAUCCCAACAAGCCUCUAUUAAAUGGUAUAUCCAACGUUCAGGAGAUGAACAUCGAGAAGAGUUGAAAUCCGAUGAAAGGAUCAUCAGAACAGAAUAUGGGCUACUGAUUCGAAGCUUGCAGAAGAAAGAUUCUGGGAUGUAUUACUGCAAAGCUCAGGAGCACACUUUUAUCCACACCAUAGUCAAGUUGACUUUGAAUGUUAUUGAGAACCAACAGAUGGAAAAUACACAGAGGGCAGAGCACGAGGAGGGGCAGGUCAAGGAUCUGUUGGCUGAGUCACGGUUGAGAUAUAAAGACUACAUCCAAAUCCUUAGCAGCCCAAACUUUAGCCUGGACCAGUACUGCGAACAGAUGUGGCACAGGGAGAAGAGGAGACAGCGAAACAAGGGCGGCCCAAAGUGGAAGCACAUGCAGGAAAUGAAGAAGAAACGAAAUCGAAGACAUCACAGAGACCUAGAUGAGCUUCCUAGAGCUGUGGCCACGUAGUGUACUAUUUAAAGAAAAGAACACUUUACUGCAAAAAUACUGUCUUCUGUACACCCCUUAUCCUAUCUAAUAAUAACUUUCUCAAGAGUUUUGCCUAGAUGCAAGAACCAUAAUUUGAAUAAGAGUAUUAAUGAAUAUGGCGAUGAAAGGGAAGUAAUUCACUCAUCUCAACCUUUUUUUCCCCAAGAACAAAACUUGUACCAGCAAAACAUGGAACUUGAAAUUUAUAAAUGUUGUACAUUCUCGGUUUUAGAGUAUGUUAUAUUAUGUAUGUAAUGGAGUAAAACAAGUACCAAAUUUGUUAUUCUAAGAAGAUGCUUCAUAUUCCUUCCU